AUGGAGCUCUGCAAGGCUGAACCGAUCAGCGCGAUCCGGGCACUUCCUGGACUAUACAUCUCAGAUGUCACCAUUCCACGCUCGAAAGAACUUCUUUGCGAGCACAAAAUCACUCACGUACUGAGCUUGACAGAUCAGAAAUAUCUACCAAGGAUAGACGAAGUGCUAAGCAUCAAACACUUGCAUUUAGCCAUCGAUGACAAUCCGUUCGAAGACUUGUUGAUGUCGCUGGAGGGUCUUUGUGUUUGGAUUGAUAAUGCGAUCGCAACUGCGCACGAGCCGAGGGUGCUUGUGCAUUGUGUAGAAGGCAGAUCUCGCAGUGGGGCUAUCGUCGUCGCUUUGCUGAUGCGCAGCCACUCACUCGAGUACGAAGAAGCUCUCGCCCUUGCGCAACUGUCUCGCAGAGUCAUUACACCUAAUAGUGGGUUUGCGGAUCAGCUCCGCCUCUGGAAAAUUAUGGAGUACUCCAUUCUUGAGAUGGAUCAUGUUGGGAAAUGGACGACGAAGUUGCAGUACGAGGAAUGGAAGGCGAGUCGAGGUGUCCUGUAUACAAAGGAUGAAGAGAUGAAGCAAGAAGCAACGAGAAAACGCAUGGCGGAUAUGGUUAUCGAGCUUAGGCAACGCGUGCUGGAAAGAGACCAUGACAACGGAGAGGGAGGAUUGUCGAAAUGAUGUGUUGAUGUACCUGGCCUUCACCAAUGCGUAACUUGCAUGCAUCUACGCAUCCCCGUAUGGCAGUGAGUUAGGGUUAGGCGGGGAUAAUGGCGGGACUAUGCGUGCGACAUACUGGCAAGCUGAGCAAUCUCAUGAAUAUGGAGUACGGCGUCCUGACAAGAACAUACUGCUAAAAGGGAACAAGGCUGGGAGUAAACGGCUUUGACACAUUCAACAUUAGGAAAGUGACUGGAGUCUGUAGGCCUAUUUCCGCUUCGAUGUAACAGGUG